CCGUUGGCUACGGUUUAGGUGUGCUCUUUCUCUCUCCCUCUCUCUCUCUCUCUCUCUCUCUGGUUGAUGAAACUGAAUACACCAUUCAUCAGGGACGGCAUAUAAGCUGUGUCAUGGUUUCGCAGCAAAGAAGCGCUGCGUAUAACUAUCACCAUAGCAACACCAAUAAACAGUAUGUCCUCUGGAGCACCGUUUUGGAGGACGCACAGUGAACAAAGAACCCGCGGCCAACAACAAUAGCAACAACAGCAACACAGCAAAAAUGCACCCUACCCUCCCCUUUAAUAAUCAACAAACAAAACAAAACAAAAAUCAAUCGCUCCGGAUGGUCACGGUGAGUUUUUGCCAGUCGCAAGUAAUGGCCAACACGAAUUCGUGCAAAGUUCGGUACCAUAAGUCCGUCCGUGCGUCCGUGUACCACGAUUAGUGUGUAAAACUUCCCCGGGCGGAAGCACCUUCACCCACAGCAUUUACCGCGCAGAAACCCUUCAUGGCGACUUCUUCAAAAUUUUGCUGAAUUGCUUUUCCGUACAUGCUCCAUGCUCCUCGUUCCGUUGUUAACCGUUGGAAAUUCAAAAGGAGAAUUGGGGUUUAAAAAAAACAAGACUUGAACUCGGACCGUUGGCCAUAAACAAGAACUAAACACACACACAUACAGUGCAAAGUAUCGGUUGCUAACGCCAUCCUUCGACCCGAAUAAGGGCCGAACGAACGAACCAGCUGGUGCAGUGAACCCAACAGAAAUAAAACGACACAAACCCGAAGAAAGGAAACGCUUGGAAACGAUGAGCAGAAAACAGCCGAAGGAUGGUGGCGGUGGAGCGGGUCGGUCGGUGGCGGCUACGUUCAACAGCAACACCAAGGGAGGGGCAAUGAUAAUGAAAAGCGUAUCCAUCUUUCUGGCCAGUGGUAGGCGAGCCUCGGCCCAGUCGAGAGAUCCGGCCGGGAACGGUCCCAGCAGUGCUCAUCAGCCGCGGGCCGAUUCGCACUCGAAGGAUCAGAACAGUACGGGCACGGCACGUACCGCGAUCUCGCGCGAUAACAGACGCAUUCUGGCCAGGAUGGACGAACUGAACGGCAAGCUGAACCCGAAGAUGUUGGAGAUGUAUAAGCGCCGGACACAUUUUUCCAAAGUGGAGGUGGAGGCGCUGUGUAAAAUCUACCGCAAGCUGGUAGCCAACGCUAGCAUGAACUCGAAGGCACUCGCCGCUAGCAAUCCUGGUGUGAUAGCGAAAGCUGGAUCCUCCAUGGACGGCAUUGAUCGGUCCGUGUUCCGCGAGCUGCUCCACAGCACCUUCGACAUCGUGACGGAGGAAACACUGAUGGAGCGUAUCUUCUGCGCGUGGGAGAAAGGUUACGAGGGAUUGCCGAUUCGUCUCGAGGGUUGGUUGAUGGGACUGUCGACCUUUUUGAAAGGUUCACAGGCCGAAAAAACGGCCUUCUGCUUUCGUGUGUACGAUCUGAACAGUGACGGGUUUAUCACGAAGGACGAAAUGUUCGCACUGUUGCGCAACUGUCUGAUCAAGCAGCCGCAGGACGAAGAUCCGGACGAGGGCGUUAAGGAUCUGGUGGAGAUUGCAUUGCGCAAACUGGACAUGGACAAGGAUGGAAAGAUCUCAUUCCAGGAUUACCAGGAAGCGAUCGCCGAGGAACCACUACUGCUGGAAGCGUUCGGUCAAUGUUUACCGUCGGAUCGUGCCACGAUGUCCUUUCUCUCGACACUGCAAGCACAAGAAGAUUCCAACUAGAAGUCACCGGCGGCAAUCCCCGACGACCGUGCCAAGUGCUGCAAAGCAGGAAGCUCUCUCUAUCGAAACCGGAUAAAGCUGCCAGCCCCAAACAGUCGAGUGUCGAAUGGAAAAUAAAUAAUAAACGAAGGGUGACACCAUGGUUGGGUCUUGAUUUUGGACACUAUGAAACCUGGUUUUGCCGCUGCUCAUUUCGAAGAGGGCCUGCCGAGCUCGGAAUAAACAGGUCAAAUGCUGCCCCGGAAGAUGUGUGGUGUUGUCACCGAGCGGCUUCUUCAGCGGGUCCGACCGGCCUUGGGCACCACUCAGCACGUUUCAAAAUCGCGUUGCGCAUCGCUUAAAGUGCUUUUAGCCGAAGGUCGCGCAUGUAGUAGGUCGGUUCCGUAUCCGGCAGGCGCGUUCCGAUUUGCACUAUCUGGCUUUUAUUCCAACCAAAAAAAACACAACAACAAAAUAUUGUACAGUGACGCAAAACGCACUUCUAAAACAACCAUGCUUGAUCGCGGAUUGGUUUAGACGAACAAAAUUUGGAACGGUUUAGAAAUUGAAGUAUAGUAGCGAUAACGCACCGAGAGGAACCUUGCGCUAAUUUGUUGGAUGCGUAAAAAUGCUAAAUUGUAGAUAAUUAGUCGAACGCCAAAAUACAGAAACUUAUGCAAGUCCGACGGGUAAA